AUCAGUAUUCAGCAGGAUUCUCUUCUUCCAAGCUCGAAACGUCUAAUUUCUCAUAUCCAUAUAUGUCUUCCUCAACCUAUACCCUUUUUUUCUAUCUCCUCUCCUUUGCUCUCUUCCUCCAAGUCCAAACCAUCCUUGGAGAUGACCCUCUCUACCACAUCUGCUCAAAGUCUGGGAAGUCCUUCACCCCAAAUGACACCUAUGGCACCAACUUGAAUAAGGUCCUAGACACUCUCGCCUACAAUGCCCCUCCAACAGGCUUCGCCAACAGCUCAGCAGGCAUCAAAGACAACCAAGCCUUCGGCCUCGCCCUCUGCCGUGGUGACACCAACUCCACCGACUGCAAAAACUGCAUCGCCGACGCAAGGGCCGAGCUCCACAAAUGCUGCGGGUACAACCGAAGCGCGAUCAUAUGGUAUGAUUACUGUCUUUUGAAGUACUCCGACGAAUCGUUCUUCGAGAAGAUUGACGAGAAGAACAUGUUCUUCAUGUGGAACAUAUUCACCCUCACCAAUUCAACUUCGUUUGUCAACACGACUCUUCAUUUUCUAAGGGAGCUUUCUCGGCUGGCUGUUGAAUCCGAAAAGCUGUAUUACGCCGGAGAAGAGAAGCUCUGUGAAUAUCUAACGAUGUAUGGGUACGUUCAGUGCACAAGGGACCUUACAGCUGCGAAUUGUGCCAAGUGUUUGGAUGAUGCAAUACGUGAUCUUCCGAAGAAGAGCGCAAACAAGCAAGGAGGGAGGACUGUUUACGCGAGCUGCAACAUAAGAUAUGAGAUUUAUUCCUUCAUAAAAAAUAAAUGAAGUUUAAGGAAUAUUAGCACACAUGCAAUAGGUGGAUAAAUAAGAUUGUUGGUUUUUUGUGAUCUCUGUUAUGUGUGGAGGUGCAUAUUGCAUGCGUUGUGAUUUGUAGUGUUGUGAGGUCUUUUUCUCUUAGUUACUUUGUAUAAUGGAGUAUGUAGAAAUAUAUAUACUACAUACUCCAUUUUUUCUAUAACUAAUCAUAAAACAUAUUGAGCUAGCU